GCACCCCCAGUUUGCCUACAGACACCAACUAAUUUCAAGAGGACUCUACUACCAAAGCCCGGCACAAAGUACCUGGAUAUUCCCGUUAUUUCUUGUUUCUCCCUCAAGCCCCACCGCGUACCAUAGCUUCCUUUCCUAGCGGACAUCCGGCGAUGACUACUGCGCAAUACGCCGCUGUUCCGGCGAAUGCUGCGCAUGACAUCCUCUCAGGAUCCUCGGACGACGAAGGUAGUUGUGCCGACCACGAAGUUCUCAGAGAAGAGGAAGAGCGGGAGAAAUUACUGGCGGGGAGAAAUGGCCUGUUUGGAUCCAUCGGCGGCAAGCCCGGUGUAAAGAUCGGGAGGAAAGUACGCGGUGUGCGGGGAAAGAAGAAGGGUGUUCGCGACGUUGUUCAGAUGAUGGGUGGAAAGAGGUUGGGUAUGGAAGAGGGAGGAGAGUUUGGGCUUGGAGCGGAUAGUGAUGAUGGGGCCAACAGUGAAGAAGGGGGGGAGGUUGAUUUGUUGAGGGAGAAGGAAGUUUUUGACAGGAAGCCAAGGAAACCCUCCGUUAGUAGAGUUCUACUUUAUACGGUUUCGCUACUGACGCUCUUGCUGCUACUAAUUUCGGCAUCGCUAUCGCUUUCACACGGCCAUCGCCCCCGGACAGCCCCGCUUGGUAUUACGAAGGACACUCGCUUUUCUAAUGGGACGCAUGACUAUAUGCCUACUACGCUACUGAUUUCGCUGGAUGGAUUCCGUGCGGAUUUUCUUGACAGAGCUAUGAGCCCUGAACUUACGGCGAUGGCGAGCUCCGGGUUGUCGCCGCGAUGGCUCACGCCUGCUUUCCCUUCAGUUACCUUCCCAAAUCACUGGACCAUUGUGACGGGAUUAUACCCUGAGUCACAUGGUAUUGUAGGGAACAGCUUCUGGGACCCGGCCCUCGAGAAAGAGUUCUUUUAUACUGACCCUGCCCGUUCCCUGCAAGGCGAGUGGUGGGGCGGCGAGCCCCUCUGGGCCACUGCUGAGCGCCAGGGCGUUAAAUCGGCAGUGCACAUGUGGCCCGGGUCUGAGGCUAACGAUGGCUGGGGCAUAAGCUAUCUAGACCAUUUCAACAGCACCGAGUCCCUCAAAAGAAAGACCGCAAGGAUACUAGAAUGGUUGGACCUCCCCCUCCAAGACCGACCACAAUUCAUCGCGGCGUACGUUCCAAAUGUAGACGUGACCGGUCACAAAUUCGGCCCAAACACAACCGCUCUCAAUCUCGUCAUCCGAGAAGUAGACGCCAUGCUCACAGAUCUCCUCGACGGUCUAAACGCCCGCAACCUCACCGACCUCAUAAACAUCAUCGUAGUCUCAGACCAUGGCAUGGCCAGCACCUCCCACGAAAGACUAAUUUACAUCGAUGAGAUAAUCGACAUGUCACUCAUCGAGCACACAGAUGGCUGGCCACUCUAUGGCCUCCGCCCGCAUGCAAACGUAAACAUAACAGCCCUUUAUGAAACUCUCCUCUCGGAGACCCUCAUGAAUCAGGCAAAGGGCAAGAAACAUUGGGACGUGUACCUACGUGAUGAGAAUAUGCCCCCCCGCUGGCACUUUUCUAAUAACAAUAGGAUAGCUCCGCUGUGGGUUGUUCCCGAGACAGGAUAUGCUAUCGUUACUAGAGAAGAAUACGACGUGGAUGCACCUUCCAAAGGAAGGUAUGAGCCUGCCGGGUUGCACGGGUAUGACAAUUUGCAUCCAUUGAUGAGGGCAAUCUUCGUUGCGAAGGGUCCCGCGUUUAGACACAUAUAUGGGAAGGGUAUAGAGGGGGCGGUUGACGUGGGUGUUGUUGUGGAGGAAUUCGGCAACUGGGAGGUGCACAGAAUCGUCUGCGAAAGUCUAGGCAUUGGCGAAGCCCUCGGCGGUACAAAUGCGACCAUCAAAGAUCUUGCGGCAUUCAAAGCCGUUAACGGUUGGCCAGUCGCAGAAGGGGAAGAAGAGGGAGAGGUUGGCACAUCUACCAUUGCACAAGUAGGGGAAACCAUUGCUCCCACUCUCACCGCUACUGUUCCAACGGGUGCAGGUGAAGGUGUAGUCUCCAUUCAAACCAUCCCCGCAGACCCCAACCCGCAACCAAAUCCCAACACCACACAACUACCAGAGCCAAAUCAAAACGAACCCCAAAACCACCCCGUAGAGAGCCCCGAGGAGGGAGAAGAAAAGAAAUCGGAUGAAAAAAAUCCUGAAGACAUGAACCCCUGGGAAUACGCAAAGUGGAAAGCCGAGAAAUUGAGGAUUGCCCUGGAGAAGUGGUGGGAAGGUGUUUGGGUCGGCGAUGAUUGAGAUUUGUAAGGGCUUUUGUUUUUCGCCCGAUCGCUGUGCUGGGUUUUGUCAGGUUAGAUGGGUUAAUAGGCGUUUUCUUUUUUCUUUUCUUCUACCUGUAUUUACAUUUGCUUUUCACACGAUAUUCAGGUGGGGGGUGGAUAAGCCCGAACGGGUUCUUGAAGGCGAGAGGGGAAUUAGGGUGAUUAGGGGAAUGGGGGGAUACCUUUUUGUUGCUUUGCAUUUUUUAAAGGUUACUGCCGAAGGAGUCUAUAGAGUGGAUAGUCUAAUGCGAUUAGGUUGGGAAUAGGUACUUAUACGUGUUUACAGCAAAAA